AUGCCGAUACUUCCAGACGACAAAUGUGACGACGCCUGUGUCAUGCCAGGUCAUCAAAAUCGCUCUUUGAGCUCUGCAUCAUUCUCGACGCUCGCUUUCUCUUCAAUUCCCUUAAUCCUAACAUUUCUCGUUGUUAGUCUCAUCGUUCUCCAGAAGCUAUUCCCCUUAGUAGCUGGCCUACAACAAUCCAAGGAAGAUCAACUUCAUUAUCUUCCUAGCAAUGCCCCUCCCAGUUUGCGACAAUCGCAUAAAGAACAUGGUCAAAAGACUGCGAGGAGAAAGGCUAUCGCUAUCUCAUUUUCAACCACGAUUGCAUUGGCGACUGUUCUCGCCGAAUUGAUUCUUUGCGAAAUCUCGAAUUACCUCAAUCCCGCGGCAAGGGCGUUUGCGCUCAAGAUUACUGUUCCUACACUCCUCUUCCUACUUGUUGUUCUUAUACCAUUUCUCGAGCUACAAUCGAUUAUCACGGGGCUCGGGUGGAAAUUUACUGUAUCGAAGAAAGGAGGAUUUUCAAUAAUUGCCUGGCUCCUUCAAGCUGUCGGUUUUACAAUAUGGUUGAUGGGAUUCUGGUGGUUGGGGAAAGGAAUACCCGGAACGUAUAUCCAUACAAUGGCAUCUGUACCUGGAAAGGGACUUAGCGAAGCUUGCUUGGAUAGGGUUGGCAUCAUUGGUAUUUCUCUGAUGGCACUUCUUUCUGGUUUCGCGGCUGUCUCUGCUCCUUGGCAAACAUUUGGAGCAAGGCCAAAACCUGUUUCGGAAGCUGAUAUUGCCCGCAAACAAGCAGGUCUAGACGCUACAAAUGAUAUGCUUGCUGCAAAACGAAGCCGAUUAAGGGCUCUUCAGCGUAAAGUUAAUGAUCAUCCAACUGAAGGAUUCAUGACUAAGGUUAUUGGAAGUAUACGUGGAAACGCUGAUGUACAAGAGUUGAAGUCUCUGGAGUUGGAAAUCUCCGGACUUUCAUCUAUGACUCUAGGCCUUUCGACUUCCCUAUCAAUGCUGCAAAAUCGUUACGCAUCAAAACAACGAUCCUCCUCACCUCUCGGUAAAAUCGUCUUCACGCCAAUUUCAUAUGCCUUUUCACUAUAUUGUAUAUAUCGCAUUGGAACAACCACUUUGGCCGUAUUCCGACGUCUUACCUUGCCAGCCGAUCCAUCGUUCUUCAGUUCAUCAACUACGGAUCCAGUCAAUCGUAUUCUUUCUCUAUUUGCCAAACACGUGAAUCCAACUAUUGAUCAAUUGGCAUGGUCUCGCCAAAUAUCCUUCAUCCUAUCAGCCGUAAUCCUCUUCGCUUCUUUCAAUUCUGUACUUCAGACCUUCCAUAUGCUCACCAAAAUCUCGCCCUCGCUCCUUUAUCAGGCUCAAGCUAACAUGGCACUCAUACUUGCACAAAUCAGCGCGAUGUUUGUGAUAUCCAAUGCACUACUUAUGAGAAGUAAUCUUCCAUCUGAGAUGAAAAGCGUGGUGAGCGAUGCAUUGGGUAGUCCAUUAGAGCCUGGAUUUGUUGAUACUUGGUUUGAGGGGUGGUUUUUAGUUGCUAGCCUCGGAACUGCUGUGGGAAUUUUCGUGGGAAAAAAGAUCGCCGGCUCUGGAUCCGAUUGGGAUGACGAGUAUGAAGGUGAUUUGGAGUUAGGACAAAAGCAAUCUUGA